AUGUUUGGCAUCCUGGGCACCCGCGACCGCAGCGAUGGCACCGAGGAAUAUGCCUCAUUCGAAGAGCUCUUCGCGGCGCUGAAGACGCGCAUGCAAAAAGAUGGGUACAAGGUCGUCAAGUCGCGUACCCAUCGCAACAAGGUCGGCGGCACCUACGAGAAAGGAAGUGAGGUCGUCAGAUGUGAUCUCGUUUGCGACCGCGGGGGGCAGCCUUACAAAUGCACGGCGACACAGCUGAAGACAUCCACCAAGAAGACCAAUUGCCCUUGGAAGGCCAAGGCCGUCAAUCGUAAGACGCUGGGGAAAUGGAUCUUGACGAUCAUAUGCAGCGAACAUAACCAUGAGGCGCGCACGCCUGAUCCGCCGACCGAUGAAGAGGAUGCGGAUGCGGAAGGAGAUGCCGACGUCGUCCAGGACGUAUCAGUUGUCCCAGAAGUGCAGAGCUCUGGUCCGGCGCCAGAUCCCACAACAGCCGCUCUCCUUCUCAUGGUGGGAGCCGCUCCCAAUACGAUGCGACUUACCGGCGAGACCUUUCAUAACUUUAAGUCGGAGUACCGCAAGAUGUCGAAACCUGAACGCUUGGGUAUACUAUCCCAGAUGCAACUUCGCAUCGCAGCCAUAUACGCCGUCGAGAACGAGGAUAUGCAGAGACAAGAAAGGCAGGCCAGACAGGAGAAAAAGCAUCAGGAAAUCGAAGAGAGUCGACGCAAGUCGCAAAGCACACAACAGCCGCAGCAGCAGGCACCACAGCAACAACUGCCGCAACCGCCGCCGCCGCCGCCGCAGCAGCAGCAGCAGCAUCAGCAAGUGCAGCAUCAGCAAUAUCAACAACAUCCACAACAGCACCAGCAGCAACAAGUACAGAAUCAUAAUCUUAACCACAACCACGGCCAUAAUCACAACCGGGUUCAGCAGCAGAUGAACCAGAUGUCUCGGGAGGGUAUGGCCGGUAUGCACAAGCACCCGUUUGAGCAGACGGCCCACGAUGAGCAUGCGCAGUAUAGAGACCGACAAGCUGAGAUCGAGGAGCGCAACCAGAGGACGAUGCAGAUGCGCGGGCAGCACCUUAACAACUCUUUCCAGCAGCAGAAUGCUGUCCAACAGACGCCCAUUCCCGUGCCCCAAUUCGGCAUGCAGUCAGCCCAAGGCCAGCCGCAAGUGUUCCAUCAGUACACUGCGACGCCUACGAACAACGCAAUGCCAAAGGGGGCUGCAGGCGGCUCACCCGCCACGGGCUCAAAGAGGCGUGGCCGGCCGAAGAAGACAGCCAUGGACCAGAGCCUCGAUGCCAGCCUUCACAUGGGAAGAUAG